AUGCCAGGAUCAUCGCUUUGGCUCCUGCCUCCUCAAUCCCAUCCUUUGACUCCUCUUCUGACCCAACUCAUCCGCCAGACAUCCUCGCACUUCAACUCGCCCCAUUUGUUCAUUCCGCACAUCACAUUGACGUCGGAGAUCGAUCCCAGAACAUAUGAGCCAUCGCCUCAGGAAUGGCUUGACUCGCUUCCUCUCCUCAACAGCCGAGAGGUAGUCGUCCGACUGGGCCAAUUAUGCAGUGAAGACGUUUUUUUCCGCAAAUUGUAUUCUCUGGUUCAAAAAAACGAUGCCAUUACCGAACUGGGUAGGUUGGCCAGGGAAAACGUGCAAAAGGAAGAGGGGGAUAAAGCCGAUUGGGCAAAGAACACGUACAUGCCGCAUCUAUCGCUUCUGUAGUAAGUCUGAACCCAGGUUUUCUUUUCUUUUCU